AUGCCUGGCCUGGUUACGCUCUCCUUGCUGACGCUGCCGCCCUUGCUGGCGGCCUCGCUUCCCCUGGCCGAAGAUGACGAGUGCGACGGUGGCAGCAGUGGCAUCAGCAACAACUCGGCGUGCUCCUUGCAGGCGUUGCAAAGACGCGCAGUGCAAGGUUCGGUAUGCACUGUGAGAUGCCGUGGGGCUAGCAAUUCACUUGACAUAUGGUUGAGUAUUGUUGAGCUUUGCAUUGACACCGCAGUGACCUGUUGUGUGCAUAUUCCCACAGGCGACUCUUCCGAAUCCAACAGCAGCUUCCGGUAUUGCCAUGAAAGCUGCUGGUUGGAGUAUGGCUUUGUGAAAGGCAUGGAUGCGAUGUGGCGAAACAAAGUUAGAGACUGCAGAUGCGACGUGCACAAAGGUUGGUACAUGUGGAUUUGUUGGAAGCGGCAUGGUCUCCGCAUCAAGCCUCAGUACGGCCACCAAUUCAAUUGUCAUGGCUUGAAAGGGCCAGCGCCUCCACCACCUCCACCUCCGCCUCCUCCCGAGUAUUCUUCGACUUUCCAUCCAGACUACCGGGUGACAAACCCGAAGUUGGUGAAUGCCAGCAGCGCGCCACUGAUGACAUUUCAUCUGUUUCGUGUUCAGAGUGAAGCCAACUACAGCUGUUGUGCAAAUGCGGACUUAACGACUGCUGGCGCGGCACUCUUCUACUUGCACAAUGAGAUUGUCUGGCAUGCCAAAUCCCGAUCUGGCACCUACUUUGCAGACCCGAAAACUCGCAUUCGCCGAUACAAAGUAUGGACACGAGCCACGCAACCACUUUUUGACCUCGGCAUGAACUUUUCGGUCAUGAACGAGUUCGACGUUACGGAGUGCACUGGCCCCUUCGAAUGCGAGAACUUCAAGCGUUUUGGCUACACUGUCGGCUGCGAGAAUUGGGUUGAAGGAUCACCUGCGAACUUCCCGCACCAGAAGUGGAACAAGCUAAACUUCUAUCCAAAUGCUGCAUGGUUCAGCUUGCCAGGACCUUGUCCCUUCGGCAAGCUGGGCAAGAAGAGUGCGAGCUGCGAGGCUAGCCAGCCUGGUGGCCAAUGUCCUGAAGGUAUGCUUCCAGAUGGAACAGGCGACUGCACCUUCCAAACGGAGUUUGCUGGAGAAAUUCGCAUCGAUGAGUUGGUCGGCAUCACACAGGAGACUGGUGACUACGCCCGUUUUAUCAAAGCCGGUGGACGCGAAUACGAUCCCCUCACUGACCAGGGUGUCCACCUGAACUUUUGGGAUGGACGGUUUGAUGCCAUGCUGUGUGAAUGGCGGACGCGGAAGCUCGAAGAUAUGUUUGAGAAGAAGUAUCCAGGUGAUCCAACCAUCGAAGCUCCCCAGUGCAUCUCGGUUGACGGUUGGGAGCUGAAAGGUCCUGAGCAGAAGACAACUGCAGUGAUUGUGCCUGAAGGGGACAGCGAAAACCCGUUGCGCACGCCAGAAAUCGAGGCAGAGAAUGUACAUAAAGUCUAUGACACGAUUGCCAGUCACUGGAAUCAUACGCGCUACAAAGCCUGGCCCAGAGUGGAGGCGUUCAUUCGUGGCUUGCCGCGGGGGUCGCUCGUUGCCGAUUUGGGAUGUGGCAAUGGCAAGAAUUUGCCGCAUGUGAAGGAAGCCGGGUGUUUUCCAGUGGCAAGCGACAUCAGUGGGCCUUUGGCAGAAAUUGCAGCCAAGGAGCAUGGUGUCUGCUGCAUGGUCUCCGACUGCCUGUGUGCGCCGUUGCGCAGUGGCAGCUUCGACGCGGUGCUUUCCAUUGCCGUGCUGCAUCAUUUAUCGACUGAACCUCGGCGAAUCCAGGCCCUGCGAGAAGCAGCGCGCUUGCUGAGACCAGAUGGUCAGCUCCUCGUUUACUGCUGGAGUUUUGAGCAGGAUAGUGAGCGCUCCCGAUCACGACAUCGGUUCGAAGCACAGGACGUACUCGUGCCAUGGAGCUUUAGAACGCCCGGUGUGAAGAAGGCAGUGGGAAGCACUUCGAAAGAAGGAGACAACGAAGCAGGUGAACGAGAGCAGAGCGAUUGGGCAGAGAAGCCGCCCGUGUGCCAAAGGUAUUGCCACGUGUACAGGGAGGGCGAGCUGCUGGAGCUGUUGGGUCACCUGCCCGAGUUGGAGGUACUGGACAGCUACUUCGACACUGGCAACUGGUGUGCAAUAGCAAGGAAAGUGGGCACACCUGUGUCUCCAAGCAUUGCAGCUUCAUGCCCGCUUGAAAAGAAAAGCCUCAGCAAAGAAAACUCCGAGCGCAAUGCAAGUUGA